AUGCCCCCAAAAAAGGAAAAUACCAAAAAAAUCGAAAAAGAAAAACAAAAAAUUGUUGAGGAUAAAACAUUUGGACUCAAGAACAAAAAUAAAAGCAAAAGUGUCCAAAGGUACAUAAAGGGAGUUCAGCAGCAAGUUUUUCAAACAAAAAAAAAAACAGAAGAUAAAAAAAAAGAGGAAAAGGAAAAAGAAAAAUUAAAUCAACAGAAAUUAUUAUUAAACUCGAUAUAUCAAAAAACCGAGAAAGUCAAAAAAAUAAAUGAAAAUGCUGCUGCUUAUGACCCCAAAAAAUCCAAAGAGUCACAAAAAAUCGAUAUAUAUACAGACGUUCGAGAUAAUAAAAAUGAUAAAGAAAAUGAUACAAUAGACCAAUGGGAUAUAAAUAAAUUAACAGAAGUUAUAAAUAUUCGACAUAAAAAUGUAAACAAAACAGAUAUUAUUUGUAAAUAUUUUUUAUCUGCAGUUGAAAAUAAGCAAUAUGGAUGGUUUUGGGUAUGUCCAAAUGGAGGAGAUAAUUGUAAAUAUAAGCAUUGCUUACCUCAAGGGUAUGUAUUAAAAAAAUCGGAACCUGUUAGUAAUGAAAAGGAUGAAAAACCAUUGGAAGAUAUUAUCGAGGAGGAGAGAACUCAAUUCAUAAAUAACGGAACACCCGUCACACUUGAGUCAUUCAAAAAAUGGUUAUUAGAAAGAAAUGAAAAGCAAAAUAUUAAAAAAGAUGACCAAAAAGAUAAAACUGAGAAAAAAGGAAAAACCAAUAUACUAUCAGGAAAGGAAUUAUUUACCUACGAUCCAACAUUAUUUAUCGAUGAUGAUAAUGCUGCAAAUACCAAUGAAUAUGAUGACUUAUUUUAUGAUGAUGAUGAUGAUAAUAAAGAAGAUACACCAGAGAAAAAAAAUGGUAUCAAUGGGGAUAUCAAUGGAAAUAGUAAAAGAGAAGAUGAUGUUCCAAUUAAUACCGAACUUUUUAUUGAUGACCUGGAUGAUUUGGAUGAAUUAGAUUAG